AUGGCAAUCCUCAAGGAAAUCCCUUUUGAAAUUGAAAAGGAGCUUACUCCUCUCAGCUUAAAUGCCUGCUCGGUGUUGGGUCCAUCAAAUGGACAGGUCAUUAAAGUGUUGCACAAAGCUUCUGGAAAUGAAUCUAACGGGAAUACUAUUGUCAUGGAGGUUAACCCAAAUGGAGCUGCUACUGUGGUGGAAGGAUGCUCUUUUCCAAGUGAUGUUUAUGUCGAUGAGCGGUCUGCUGAUAUUUCUAUGGAAAUACCCAUCGCAAAAUGCAGUUUCCUUGGUAUGGCCCUUGAUAAUUCAGAGAGUACCCGGAAUAACGAGGUAGAGCCAGGUAACCUUGCAGAGCUAAUGCUCGAAAAUGAGAUGCUAAGGACGAUGGUUGAGACCAAUAGGAAUUUUGAUCAAGGGGUUUUGAACCAUAGAGGGGUGAUGUUCGAAAUGGCCAUGAGAACAUAA